GGAAUUGUGAUUACAGACUGGAGAAGGAAAUUGAGGCUCUGGAAAGAGAGGAAAUGGAAGUCUCAGCUAAGGAAGAAGCUAUUUUAAAGAAACUUAAGUCUGUUGAGAAAACAACAGAAGACAUAAUAAAGUCUGUGAAGACUGAAAAAGCAGGAGUUGAAAGAGAGGCAGCAGACUACAUAUAUGCCAGCAUACCUGACCUUCCCAAGUAUUUCAGGCCUUCUGCACUGAAAAGUAAAGCACAUGCUGCCACUGAUGAUGAAGAAAAGAGAAAAGCAUUGUUUGCCAUGGAAAUUAAAGUUGAAAGAGACAUGAAGACAGGAGAAAACACAGUAUUAUCAACAAUACCUCUUCCCUCAAAGGAGUUUAAAGAAACAGGAAUUAAAGUAUAUGAUGAUGGCAGGAAGUCAGUCUAUGCAGUGUCCUCAAAUGGCAGCACAACACAAAAUGGGAUGGAUGAACUUGCUCCUGUUGAGGUGGAGGACCUGCUACGGCAGGCAACUGAAAAAAAUUCCCAGUCUCCCACAGAGUAUCACGAGCCUGUGUUUGCAAACAAAUUUUGCAGGCCAGGUACUCCUCAGAAAGACAAGUUAGUCCCUGGAUCAAAACUGGAAGACACUCACAGAAGAGAGGUGAAUGGAUUUAAUAAUCAUCAGACAGAAUUCUCCUCCAAAACAGAGCCCUUUGUGCAGCAACAUAAAGAGAAUGGGCUUGAUCUUCCAAAGGUAACACAGCUAAAGUCUCCCUCUCCAAUACUUUCCCAAUCAGAGAAUAAAGCACACACUAAUCCUGAGAAUAGGAUGAUACAUAACGAAGAAAGAAAAGCUGCACAUGAUGAAUUAAAAGCUUACCAGAAUACAGUAGAAAGACAAAAUGAAACAAAGUUUUUAAGUCCCUGCCAUCCUAAUGAAACAUCCUCUGCACCUCAAGAUGAGGAAGAUGUUCAAUACAGCAUUGUCCAAGCUGUACCAUGUUAUGUGGAUGAUUCUGAACCAGUAACAAUGAUUUUCAUGGGUUAUCAGCGUGUUGAUGAUGAUGAUGAUGCAGAAGUGGAUCAAAAGUUGUCACGAUAUGAUGGGGUUAUCCGUGCAGAAUUAGUUAUCAUUGAUGAUGAUGAUGAAGAUGACAGCAAAUCUGAGAAACCAGCAUAUCACCCCAUAGGCCACUAUAGUCAAGUUUAUCAGCCACCAAGCAGGAAAACCACAGAAAUACCACAGACAAAUCCUGAGCACAAUCUGGGUGUGAGCCUGAACAAAGUACCCCACAAAAACUCCAUCUCUCUGAGAGAACAAGAAGAACGCUUAAGCUCACCAACACACCAUGCUCAUCUUCACAGCCAGGUAUCUGGAGAUGGUACAGAAGAUCCCUCACUAACAGCUCUGAGGAUGAGAAUGGCAAAGCUGGGGAAAAAGGUGAUUUAACAUCUGCAAUGACAUGGAAGGAAAGUUUACUACUCAAAGCAGAAUAAAGCUAAGAAGAGUUUCUUCAACACAC